CACAGGUUUCUUGAAGAGACAAAGAACAAAGAUGGUACGAGACCGCCUUGCAGAAUUUAAGAUGCUAUCUGCAUUGAAUAGGGAUGGCAGCUUCAGAAGAAGUUUGAAAAACAGUCUACGGCGUCGAGGAUUGUGCAAGGCUCCACAGAUAGAUGAUGAACUCUGUGACUUGGUCGGAGAUGAUACCACAGGGGCCCAGGGUGAAUCGCUAAAUCAAACCUUGCUAAAGAUAACUGAAGUGCAUAGCUACAUCAAAAGUUUGAAACAGAAGCAGAAAGAUCUAAGUAAGAUCUAUAGUGACAUUAUAUCAUCACCUAUGCCUGCAAGGCUAAGGCAACCUGAAGCUGAUUCAAUAAAAUCAGCAUGUACUGGGCUCAUUGCAAAAAUCCAAAAUUUGAUCAUUGCUCUUAAUCCUAAAGACAAGAAAGCAAUUGCCGCAUUAGGGAGAAGUCAUUUCGAAAACAGAGUGGUAUCAACACACUCUGCGUGCCUGAAGAAAAACUUGUUGGACAUUGUUGAAAAAAUAAAUGCAAGCGAGGUUCAAUAUUACGAACAACAACGAGAAAAACUUGUACGUCAAUUAUCAAUAGCUGGAAAGGACACAAGUGAUAUCAAAAUCACUAGACAUCUUAAAAGACA